CGUUAGUUGCAUUGAAAUAAAAUUUUACAAUUUUAACAAACAUCCAGUCGUUGGUGCCCCAUUUUAGACAGAAAAUAGUAUAACUAAAGAUAAAAUGCCUGCAAGAAAGAAGACUGGUAGUGGUGGCGGAAGUGGCAAUACAUCGGACGCGUCCAAAUAUGAUGAUGAUGCAUACCGAGAAAAAAGACAAAGAAACAAUGAUGCCGUAAAGAAAACACGACAAAAGUCAAAAGAAACAGCAACCGAACGUAAACGCAAUGUAGAACGUCUCAAAAAUGAAAAUAUUAAAUUGGAAGCGUCUAUUAAAGAAGUGAAGGAGCAUGUGGAAACACUAAAAAGUUUAUUGUUAAACAAUGUGCAAAAAAAAGAUCACGAAAUUGUAUUGCAACGGAUAUUAAACGAAGCCACAGAUGAUGAGGGUGACAGCUUGGAUGGAACAUGAGUUAACGGAAAUAGGAUUGUUGAGACAACACCUAUGAACCGUUUGUGUGCUGAAAAGCUUCAAAACUAUGAUCAAAGAUAUUUGGAAAUCAGAUUGCAUUAAAAAUUGAACAUAAUUUAUAUAUGUUAGCAAAUCAUCUAUUAUGAUUAAAGUUUGUUCUAACUCUAUUUCCUUUUUUUAAAUGCUAUGUACACAUACUCGGUUGAAUUUAUCAUUCGCAUAUUUAACUAUUAAAACUGCAGUAGAUAAUAAUUAAAAAUUAUAAUAAAAAACAUUUUGAACUUACCAUCAAAAA